AUGCCUCCCAAUGAGACACCCACCUCGUCAAUGGCCCUGGUUGAAGUCGGAUCCCCAGAAGCGGUCGAGCCGCACCACAUGAAGAAUGCAAGCGCCUAUUUAGAAGAACAGUAUCCGAAGUACACUUACGUACCCGACCAAAACUCUCCUCCCGAAGCGAUCGCGAUUGAACCAGAUAAGGAAAAGCAACAUGAGCUAGAUGGAAAGACAGUUUCACCUAAGAGGACGGUCUUUGGGAUUCGACGUCGCUGGUUUGUUAUUGGAGUUGUCGUCGCCUUGAUCGUUAUCGCAGCGGCAAUAGGCGGUGGUGUUGGGGGAUCAAUGGCACAUAAAAAUAAGAAAGACGACGCUGAGGCUGAGGCUGCAACUUUUACAAGUUCGGUUGGUCAAGGCGAUAGCACAGACGAGGCUUCACAAGCAACGUCUGCUUCGACUAGUGCUCUCGUCGUUACCAAGACAAUCACAGAAACUGCUGCCGACUCUACUCAGGUCAAAACCAUGACAACGACAACAAAGACAGACGAAGCAACGAAAACGACGGAAACCGCAACCGAGACAACAGAGUCCUGCGCCGAGGGAACGGUCGCAGAUGGUGAAUCAUUGAACUACAUGGGUCUAUGCAAAUUUAGCUGUGGCUAUGGUUACUGUCCUCCAGGACCUUGCACUUGCGUCGCGACGGGCAAGCCAAAGGAGACUCCGCCUGUCAAAAACGUUCGCGGUUGUCCAUUACCAGAGUUGAGUGAUGGUUAUCUAGGACUUUGUUCCUUUGCUUGUAACCAUGGAUACUGUCCUGAGACAGCAUGUACGACAAAGUGUGAUGAUAGAUGA